UUUAAUGCGUGCCUGACAACAUCACAGCGUAUAACCCGCCUGCCUGGCGCACCCCUUCAUUCAAUUCAUUGCAUUUGCUCCUUCUCUCUCGCUUCAGUGUAAGAAGGGUCGAGCUCUUCGAUCUCAACUCAAGCGCCUUUGUUUUCAUGCUGCUUCCUCUGAUCAUUUUGCCUUCAGAGGAAGAAAGGAUACAGAGGACAGCUGCAGCGACGGCAAAGGAAGCCCGGGGAAGGCCACAGCCCCACUGCAUCCCAUCUCUUCUCUGCCUCACUUUCGCGCCCCUCGUUCCGGUGCUUUCCGCCUUUUUCCCACCCGACAUCGCGCAUUAAAUUCCCGGCCAUUGACCCUCUCUCUCACUCGUCUCUUCCUUCUCUAAUUGUACGGAGUAUCUCAAGUAUUUAGAGCUAAAGCAGUCGAUUAUAGACAACUCCGUCUGUUUCGAAAUUCAGUCUCUGCGCCCUUGUCACGGAGAAGGAGGGAGAUGGGAAGAGCUCCUUGCUGUGAGAAGCAAGGCCUGAAGAAGGGGCCGUGGACGCCGGAAGAAGACGAGAUCCUGAUCGACUAUAUCAAGAAGAACGGCCAUGGAAGCUGGCGCGCUCUCCCUAAACUUGCUGGUUUGCUACGGUGUGGUAAGAGUUGUCGCCUACGGUGGACCAACUAUUUGAGGCCAGACAUUAAGAGGGGGCCCUUUACUCCUGAAGAGGAGAAGACCAUCAUUCAAUUGCAUGGCAUCCUUGGAAACAGGUGGUCUUCCAUAGCAUCUCAAUUGCCCGGCCGCACCGACAACGAGAUCAAGAAUCUCUGGAACACUCACCUUAAGAAACGCUUGAUCAGGAUGGGCCUUGAUCCCAUGACUCAUGCUCCUCCUCCUGGACCUGCCAUUAGCUCUCCUUCACGACCCUUGGAGGCCACGGCGAUGCGUCACAUGGCCCAGUGGGAAAAUGCGAGGCUGGAAGCAGAAGCAAGGCUGUCCAAAGAGUCACUGCUCUUCUCCGGCUCUCAGACCACGUCCGACGCCAAACUGCCCGCCGGCACCAGUUCAGACUAUUUCAUGAAGAUGUGGAACUCAGAUGUUGGGGAGUCGUUCCGGAAGCUGGGCAGGAACAGCAACAGCCACAGCAGCAACAGCCAAGUCUCCUCCACAUCGUCCUCGACCAAGCAUGGCUCGGAGACCAUGAUGGCCAUAGUCAGGGCCAAGGUUGAAGAACUGGAGAGUGCUUCAGACCACGACGUCGAGAUGGUUGCAGCGAAUGAGUGCAAGGACGACGGCUCGUCGAGCUCGAACGAGAUCGACGAAUCAACCGUUUCGUUCUCCGGCCUCUUGGGGAGCGAAUUGCUCAUGGAUUUCACACAGGCCAUGGGAGAGUCGGCCAGUCUCGGCGGUGCUCCACACCAUGCCUGGCCGUGGGGCGACUUGAGAUCUGAUUUCUGAUCCGACACUUGAAUUAGCUUUUCGUGUCUUUGUUCGUGUUUGUUUAGGUGUCUAUAGUUGGCAAAAGUCACAAACAAAUCCCUGGCUUUGGAAAUGAGAUUGGAUGAUGACUUCUUGUCCAUUUUGUGGGAGACCUUCGGUCGGUUGCUUUCUCCCACUGCUCUGUGAGAAACGGGAGGUGUUUGUACUUGUGCAUUUAUAAUUUUUGUCUCGGGGAAGAGGGAAGGGAAAGUACAGUUGUAGGCCUCAAUCAAAGUGUGCACAUCUCUUUGACCUCUCUUUUGGACUUAUGUGUAAAAAUUAUGGGCAAGGAUCUUUGGCGAAUGGUUCUUUCUAUUCUUGUCUUUCUUGGUGUCCGAUGGCCCAGUUUUUGGUAUUACUUGGUGCAUUUUGUGGCCCAUGUUUGGCCAUUGGCUAUAUGGUCUGUAUUGAUAAACUGUACAUUCAAUAUUCUGGUCUUUGAUUUGGUGUUCA